GAGAGCUGAAGAGGUAUUGAGAUGCAGAGAGGGAGCGAGCAAGAGCUUGCUGCUGGUGAUUGCAGUCAGUUCCUUCGCUAGCCACACACUGUGGAAAUACAGCGUGCUCAAUGCGGAGGAACAACGGGAAGAGAGGUGUUCGAUAGAAAAGAGAGGAGUCAAAAUGAAAACGGGGAACAGAGGAGCAAUGACUAGUCUUUCACUCAUCUCUAAAUGGGCUGGUCCGUAUGAACGAGAGGAGCACCACAGAGGCACAGAGAGGAAGAGGGCAGUUUCUCUCUUCUUGUGACAGCCUGGGGAGCCGUUUCGGGGUGUCAUAUUGUGACAGCGUUUGCCCUGCGUGUAUUUGAGAGGGAGUGUGUGUAUCUGUCUGCCUGUCAGACUCUGGAGUUGUGGUUGCCUCUUGGAAAGAAAGUGAUCUAUCAUUCUUUUUGGAAAAGGGAAUUUGGACGGGACGGAUUUUGGGGAAUUCAAGAAAGGCUUAAGGGACACUCCUGAUGGGGUCGUAGUGUUUCUCCUCUGCUCUUCUCUCUGUUUUCUCUCUCUCUCUUUUCCCCCUUCCUCCUCCCCUUCUCCCUUUCUAUCUCCACUUUUUCCCGGCACUGGUGCACAUGCUCAUUAUAGCUGUCCAUUUGGCUGAGACUCCCUCACUCGCUCUCCGUGGCAACCGCUAAUCUCGCAGGGGCAACCGUUCGUUCGCCCAUGGAGAGGGGACUGAGAUGGAUUCAAAAUCACCCCUGGAGACUUUUCCACAUGGUGUCCAUUUCCUGCCCUGCCAAGGGCCACACUUCCCUCCACGGGGCCACUCUUCUGUGUGAUAACCUCUAGAGUACCCAGCGUCCUUCACACCUAAAGACUUUGCAUCAAGCUGGAUUUCUUUUGGGGGGUGCUAUGGCAACCCAUUCCAUUUCCUGCCACGUUGAAUGAAGAGCGGACUUGGUGUCAUUUUUUUUUCUGUAUGAUACAGCUUCACACAAGUGGAUGUGAGAACUAAAAGACAGGAAAGCCCAUCGGUUCCCAAUAAUUUCCUGCCAAGGAUUCUGUGGCAUGAUGUCUCACACGAGGUGAAUUAUCAUUCCAGGUAAUCUUGGUUCAACGUAAAUACUUUUUUUGUAUCAUGCUGUGAUCUACAAAGCAGUGGAUUAACUCUCAGUACCCAGAACUGAGAGAGAAUUUGAAAUUGCAACUAGGUUAUUAUCUGCCCAUCUCUUCUCUCAUAUUGCCAUCGUUUCAGUUUUUGCUUUUGAGUAAUUAUCAUUGGCUUAAUCAAAGAGGCAGCAUGCAAUUCUUCUGGCCCUACCGGUGCAAAAGACAUCUGAAACAAAGACAUUAGUUAAAAAAAAAAAAAUGUUUUAAGUCUGGUUAAAGAAAAAGAGUGUAACAAAGAAAGGGAGUCAAGUGGGGAACAGGUGUAGAGAAUCUAAAAAGAUCAAAGUGAGAGAGAGAGUGAGGCUAAGAGUCAGGCUGAUAUUUUGCAGAAGCCCGGUCAUAGAGGAGACAGGAGAGCAGAGAGACGGGAGAGAAUCCGUAGGGAAGGUUGGGCAGGCGGAUGGAUAGAGUGGGGGGUUCUGGGUAAAGAUAAGGGGGCCAUUUCAGUCAGAUAGUGGGGUAACGGAUCCCAACCUUUUUAGACUGACACCCACCAGUGUCAUUGGCAUUCUCUGCACUGCCUUCCUCGUUGUUCCUCAGGCGAGAGUGCAAGAGGGGGAAGGGGGGGGAAAGAGAGAGGAACUAGUGACUGAAAGAUUGGACUGUCGCCACAAUCGGGGCCAAUUAAGAUAAUUUAUAAUUUAUAUGCCUUAAUCUUGCCAGUCAGGUGGGAGAGAUAUAUACAGAGAGAGGACGAGUGAGGGGGAACCGAAAUCGAGAGGGGAACAGGUGCCACAGAUACACGUCAUUAUCGCCUUCCUCUUUAAUUUAGUUAGUUUUCUACCAACCCCCCCCCCCCCUUUUUAAUCUCGGGAACGAGAUCCUUUUUGAGGGCUGUUCUGGUUGAGGCAAGGAAGGCCUUUGCCCGUUUGCCGAAAGGGAAGGCAGGAGAGAGAAACGGUUGUUUUUUUUUCAAUUGAAACAGAAUGGUCUUUCUCCUCCCCAGCUCUUAUAUAUGUUAGCAGCACACACUCUUUCAUCCUGCCAUCUCUUCAUUGCUCCGUCAGGGCAGAAAGUGAGACACUUCUCUUUCCGUUUGUCUGCAUCCCCUUUCCCACAGCUGUUGGAUAUUUUUCUCUCCCCUACAAAAAUCCUCAUUUUCCACCCGAAGGGAAUCUUUUCCUAGUAAAGGACAUCCCUAAGGGUUGGACAUUACUCCUAUAUAGGUUUCCCCCAUACUAUAUCUUAUCACCAUAUCAAGAAGAAAACACUGCUUGGUGAAAGGAAAUAGAAAAUCCUUCCAAACCUCUACUUCAAACCCAGAGACCCCCCUCCCCCCCUGUGACCCCCCUUCUCUUCACCCCUCCUCUUGGAUCUUACUCCUCUUUCUCCAUUCCUGUUAUCCGUGGGGUAUCCUACUUCCUGCCAGGACUAAGCCGGCUUGCAUCCCCGGGAAUCUUUUGAUAUCGGCUCCUGGUGUCGUCUGAUUCAUUCUGUGGUGGACCAGGCAGCCAGAAGACCAUUCUCCAUGAGGAGCAGUGGAAGAUGCCGGCUCUGCCAGCGCUGCUGCUGUCGAUUUACUUCCUCUUCCUGUUGCUGACCAUGGCCCCGCUCUCUUUCACCCAGGCUCCCGCCCUCUCCUCUGUCAGAAUGGCGGCUAUUUUGGACGACCAGUCGGUGUGUGGUCGAGGGGAGCGGCUGGCGCUGGCUCUGGCCAGGGAGAAUAUCAACAGUGUGUUUGAGGGCCCGUCCAGAGCCCGGGUGGAGGUGGAUAUCUUCGAGCUGCAGAAGGACUCCCAGUACGAGACCACCGAUACCAUGUGUCAGAUAUUGCCGAAGGGGGUGGUCUCUGUGAUUGGCCCCGCAUCCAGUCCCGCCUCAGGCUCAACUGUCAGUCACAUCUGUGGGGAGAAGGAGAUCCCUCAUGUGAAGAUAGGCCCGGAGGAGACGCCCAAACUCCCAUACCUCCGCUUCGCCUCGGUCAGCCUCUACCCCAGCAAUGAGGACCUGAGCCUGGCUAUAGGGGCCAUCCUCCGCUCCUUCAGCUACCCCACCGCCAGCCUCAUCUGCGCCAAGGCAGAGUGCCUGCUGCGAUUGGAGGAGCUGGUGCGGCGCUUCCUGAUCUCCCGGGAAACGUUGUCCGUCAGGAUGCUGGACGAAAGCCUGGACCCCACCCCCUUGCUGAAGGAGAUCAGAGACGACAAAGUGGCCACUAUCAUCAUCGACGCCAAUGCCUCCAUCUCCUACCUCAUCCUCCAGAAGGCAUCGGAGCUGGGGAUGACGUCAGCAUUUUACAAGUACAUCCUCACCACCAUGGACUUUCCCCUGCUGCGAUUGGACGACGUGGUGGAUGACCAGUCCAACAUCGUGGGUUUCUCCAUGUUCAACAGCAGCCAUCCCUUCUACCUGGAGUUCAUCAGGAGUCUCAACCUGUCCUGGAGGGAGGGCUGUGAACUCAGCCCCUACCCCGGCCCAGCGCUGUCGUCGGCUCUCAUGUUUGAUGCGGUGCAUGUGGUGGUGGGGGCAGUGCGUGAGCUCAACCGGAGUCAGGAGAUUGGAGUGAAGCCACUCAGCUGCACCACUCCUCAAAUCUGGCAGCACGGCACCAGCCUGAUGAACUACCUGCGCAUGGUGGAGUAUGAUGGGUUGACCGGCAGGGUGGAGUUUAACAGCAAAGGCCAGAGGACAAACUAUACCCUGAGGAUCCUGGAGAAGCACCAUGGGGGUCAUAAAGAGAUUGGAAUCUGGUACUCUAACAACACGUUGGCGAUGAACUCGACGUCCCUGGACAUCAACAUGUCGGAGACGUUGGCUAACAAGACGCUCAUCGUCACCACCAUAUUGGAGAACCCAUAUGUGAUGCAUAAGUCCAACUACCAGGAGCUGCAGGGAAACGACCGGUACCAGGGCUUCUGUGUGGACAUGCUAAGAGAGCUGUCAGACAUGUUGAAGUUCUCCUUCAGGAUCAAGCUGGUGGAUGACGGUCUGUACGGAGCGCCUGAACCAAAUGGUUCCUGGACAGGCAUGGUGGGAGAGCUCAUCAAUAGGAAAGCAGACUUGGCGGUAGCUGGGUUCACCAUCACCUCAGAGAGGGAGAAGGUCAUAGAUUUCUCCAAACCCUUCAUGUCUCUGGGCAUCAGCAUCCUGUACAGAGUCAAUUUGGGACGGAAGCCAGGUUAUUUCUCCUUCCUGGACCCGUUCUCUCCAGCCGUGUGGCUCUUCAUGCUGCUGGCCUACCUGGCUGUCAGCUGUGUGCUCUUCCUAGCCGCCAGGUUGAGUCCCUAUGAGUGGUACAACCCUCACCCGUGUCUGAUGGGGCGCAAGGACAUGCUGGAGAACCAGUACACCCUGGGCAACAGCCUGUGGUUCCCCGUGGGAGGCUUCAUGCAGCAGGGCUCUGAGAUUAUGCCCCGCGCCCUGUCCACACGCUGCGUCUCCGGGGUCUGGUGGGCGUUCACUCUAAUCAUCAUCUCCUCCUACACGGCCAACCUGGCAGCUUUCCUUACAGUUCAGAGGAUGGAGGUGCCUAUCGAGUCUCCUGACGACCUGGCUGACCAGACCAACAUCCAGUAUGGUACCAUCCAAGGAGGCUCCACCAUGACCUUCUUCAUGAACUCGCGCUACCAGACGUACCAGCGCAUGUGGAACUACAUGCACUCCAAGCAGCCCAGUGUAUUUGUGAAGAGCACAGAAGAAGGCAUCGCCCGCGUGGUCAACUCUAAAUACGCCUUCCUGCUGGAGAGCACCAUGAACGAGUACCACCGCCGCCUCAACUGUAAUCUCACCCAAAUAGGAGGUCUGCUCGACACCAAGGGCUACGGCAUUGGCAUGCCCCUGGGCUCACCGUUUAAAGAGGAGAUCACUCUGGGGGUGUUGCAGCUGGCAGAGAACAACAGACUGGAGAUCCUGAAGAGGAGGUGGUGGGAGGGGGGGCAGUGCCCUAAGGAGGAGGACCACCGAGCCAAGGGUCUGGGCAUGGAGAACAUCGGGGGCAUCUUCGUGGUGUUGAUCUGCGGCCUCAUCAUCGCCGUGUUCGUGGCCAUCAUGGAGUUUGUCUGGUCCACCCGCCGCUCGGCAGAGACAGACGAGGUACGCCCUCACUGCUGCCCCGGCCAAAACCACAAACACCCUCCAAUGUCAGUGUGUCACGAGAUGCUGACCGAGUUCCGCAACGCCAUCUCCUGUAAGAAGACCUCACGCUCUCGGCGGCGCCGGCCCUUGGCCAGCACUGGCGGUGUCCUGCGCCACCCCACCCGCCUCCAGCUGGGUGUCCCAAGACCCAUCCGCCUAGUCCGCGAGAUGCGUCUCAGCAACGGCAAGCUCUACAGUGGCUCGGGCCCCCUGACAGGCGGAGGGGGAGCAGCAGGGGGAGCGUGCGGGGCCGUAGGAGGGGGGCCCUCAGACAUGGGCCCGGGGCCACAGCGCCUCCUGGAGGACCAUCUGGGCGCCAACACUACGCCGCCGCCUCCCCCGCCCGCUGCUGCCACGGCGCCACCCUCCCGGAGCUGUGCCCACGUGCGGAUCUGCCAGGAGUGCCGGCGCAUCCAGAACCUGAGGUCGGCAUCGUCCUUCUCACGCAUCCCGCCCCACCUCGGCCCACACUCUUCUCUGUCCCUGCCCCGCCUCCCGCCACCCCCACCUCCCUCCUCCACCGACAGCGAUGGGGGUGGCUGCGACACGGUGAGCCCCAGGCGGCCCAAACCUAAGCCCACACCCCCUCCGCGGCCCUUACCCCCGGCCAAGACGCCCACCACAGACCUGCUGCUUGGGAAACAAGACUGAGGAACGGAGGGGUCAGACGUGAUAAUAGUCGAGGGUUAAAAGUCAAAGGUCAGGGUAUUUGCAGAGAAACGCGUAGGAACGAGGAGCGGAGGGGGCUGUGAGCUUGUAGCGCAUUGACACGGCAGAAUCAAACCACUCUGAUCCGUUUGAGGGGGUGGAGAAGGGUUCAUUCACCAGAUACCAACCCAGUCAACACAGUCCUCUUAAACCAGGAGUCGUGCUAAAACAGGAGACUGGUUCAAAAUGGACUAGAUGGUAUAUUCAGACACUGAGAGACUUCAGGAGGGGCCUUCACAUUGCUCCCUCGCUAGUCUAUGCUCUUCUGCCACAGCUCCCGUGAGACGGGCAUGUUAAACCAACCCAUGGUCUCCACUUUGAUCUGCUAUGCCACAGGCUGUCUAUGGAGUGGAAAUGGACUUUUGACCACACACGACCGUUAGCUGCCUACGGUGCAUUGAGAGACCAUGUGGUGCCCGUUCCACAGUAUGCAUAGACGUGUUCAAGCUGCCUGGUUUGGCUUUUGACCCCUCACUCUUUCACUUGGAUCUGGUGGGAGGACUUGACCUAUCCCACAAUCACUGGAGAGGUUCAGGGGACCAUAGAGACUUCACACACGGACACACGUACACAGAAACUCUUGCGCUUAGAGAAGUUGGUUCUCACAAAAAGAUGCAUAUUUUUCCCCAGAGCUGCUGCAAGAGCUUGAACUUUGGAAUUAUGGGACAUGUAAAACCAGACGAUGAAGAAAAAAAGAGGCUUUCUCUGAGUGUAACUCGCCUAAUUUAUUUUCUAUCUUUCUUUCGUUAUAUAUUUGUAUGGUCGUCAUUGGUUUCUCGGUCACUGUGUAGUUAUUGACUCAUGUUUUUGGUUUGUCAUUAAAGAUCCUUGAGAAGCCGAUGUGGAGAUCAUGACCAAAUGAGGUCGCUUUCCAACCAAUCAUAAGCCCGGGAACAAAGUUCAAAGGUCAACAUCUGAAACAUAUAUUGACAGUACGCCCCAGAUCAAAUGAUUCAAUAUUACAGUCCAUGUUGGCUUGUUACAGUAGCAGUGUGUGACUUCGCUUUUCCACUGCUUUCCAACAAGCCGGUUUUGCCACGGAGUUUUAACGACGGAGUUUGUGUAUCGGAGCCCCAUCCAAUGACAGAAAAACAGAGCCACACAGUUUAACAGCACGACAUGUUGUGAAUCCUUCAAACAGAUCAGAAUUUAAGAAACUGGAUAUAAAGAGCAAGGUAAAAAGGAAUGACAAGAGAGACAAACUGAUGAUCAUAUAUAGUUAUACGAUGCAGGAUAGGAGAAACAUAUUGCACAGUCCUGUCUGGCCAAUGAUAAGAGGAAACCUGUGUUAAUGUGUGUUCUGUAUGAUUCAUAUGGGGGACAUAAGGUUGUGUGAGUGCGUACGUACAGAGGAAAGGAUGGGUCAGAGUGCAUUUAGUCAUAUUUUAUGCUUCUUUUUUUGUGCUAAAUGGAUUAUUUAAGCAAUAAGGCCCGAGGAGGUAUGGUAUAUGGCCAAUAUACCACGGCUAAGGGCUGUUCUUUCGCAUGAUGCAAUGAGGAGUGACUGCAUACAGCCGUGAGCCAUGGUAUAUUGGCCGUAUACCACCAACCCCUGAGGUGCCUUAUUGUGAUCAUGAACUGGUUACCAAUGUAAUUAGAGCAGUAAAAAUAAAUGUUUUGUUAAACCCAUGAUUUUAA